UAAAAUAAUAUUUUGCUUAUCCCAAUGCGUCUCUAAAAUAAAAGGGUCGACUUUGAAUACAGUUAGAGACUAAUUAUUGUCAUGGUACUGUGAAAAAAUGUUGAAGGUGCAUUUUCUUCUGGUUAUUUUGUUGUUGUUGUUUUACUCAAAUCCAGUGAUUCCUUCCACCAACAUUGUCAAAACCCUCCCAGGAUUUUCUGGUUCUCUUCCCUUCAAACUUCAAACUGGAUAUAUUAGAGUAGAUGAAAAAGAAGAUGUUAAUUAUUUUUAUUACUUUAUUGAAUCUGAGAGAAAUCCAAGAGAUAAUCCUCUUAUGCUCUGGUUAAGUGGAGGCCCUGGUUGCUCUGUUCUCUCUGGACUUGCCUUUGAGAUAGGCCCUUUAAAGUUUAAGAAUGUUGAGUACAAUGGAAGUUUACCAGCAUUGGAACUGAAUCCGUACUCAUGGACAAAGGUGGCCAGUAUAAUAUUUCUAGAUGCACCAGUUGGUACUGGAUUCUCCUAUUCAAAGAGCCUUGAAGGGUCUCAAACUGGUGACUUUGUCUAUGCUAAUAGAUGCCAUAAUUUUAUGAGAAAGUGGUUUCUUGCUCACCCUAAGUUCAACACAAACUCAUUUUAUUUAGGCGGGGACUCAUUUUCUGGCAAGAUCAUCCCAAUCAUUGCUGAACAAAUUGCUCAGAGUGUUGAAGCCAACAACAUACCAAAAAUUAACUUCAAGGGUUAUUUGCUUGGGAAUCCAAUCACGGAUUCAAAAAUUGAAGACAAUUACAAAGUUAAAUUUGCUCACCAAUUGGGUCUUGUAUCCGAUGAGCUCUACCAGUCAUUGAAGAAGACUUGCAAAGGACACUACAUAGGACAACACAGUAAUGAUACACUUUGCGCAAAGAAUCUUGAAGCUUACUCAAUGUGCAUUGAAAAUAUAAAUCUUCCACAUAUCUUGGAGUCCAAUUGCUCAACUUUUCUUAAUAAUGAUAAGUUGCAUAGCCAAAGAUCACUCUUAGAAAAGUCACUCAAACCAAAUUUGAUUCAACUAGGCCUUAAUAUCAAGAAUCUACCUCCACCCCCUGAAGCUUCCAAAUUUGGAUGUUGGACUUAUAAAAAUCUACUAGUGUAUUAUUGGGCAAAUGACAAGACUGUUCAAGAGGCACUCCAUAUUCAGAAAGAAACGAUACAGAUAUGGAUAAGAUGCAAUCGGUCAUUACCUUACGCAAAAGAUGUGGAUAGUGUUGUUAGUUAUCAUAAGCAACUCAACUCAAGAGGUUAUAGAGCUCUAAUAUACAGUGGAGAUCAUGACAUGGUGGUCCCCUACCUUGGAACCCUGGCAUGGAUCAAAUCUAUGAAUCUUUCUAUUGUUGAUAGAUGGAGACCUUGGUUGGUUGAUAAUCAAGUUGCUGGGGAGGAGGUCAUACAGCUCCAGAGUUCAAUCCCAAAGAAUGCUUUGCUAUGUUCGAGAGAGUGGUUGCUGCGUGGUUGCGCAGUGGUUGCAUCAGACGAAGGUUUCAAUCAGACGAUGGUUGCAUGGUGGUUGCUAAGUGGUUGGCCGAAGGUUGCAUCAGACGGAGGUUUCAAUCAGACAAAAGUUUCUGGGUGGUUGCUGGGUAGUUGGUCGAAGGUUGCAUCAAACGAAGGUUUCAAUGAGACGAAAUAAUUGUUAGUAAAAUAUUUAUGCAACUAUAAUGCAACUGUAAUGCAACUGUUGUGAAACAUUAAAAAUCAAAACAGUGUUUUCACGUACAUAACUCUAUCUACAUGUCUUUUUAUAUUUAAUAUGAACAAAUUUAUCAUUAGAAAUUCAGAAAACAACAAAAUACACCAGGAUAUAUAUUUUACUAUAGUAUUGAUGUAUUUUUUUUAUUA